AUGGGUCUCAAGUCUACCCUCCUACUGAGCGCCGCAGCUUCUGCGGCGGCGGAGAAAGUCCACGGCGCGGUCGUGUUCUCUCGUCACGGAGAUCGCACAGCCAAAUGGUACGGCUCGCAACAGCUCACUAGCCUGGGCGCGGAACAAAACUUCCGAGUGGGAGGUGACUACCGCGCUCGCUACCUCGAGUCCGACUCGGAGCACCAGAUCGUCGGCAUCUCAGAGGAUGAGUACGUCCCGUCGCAGGUCUUUGCCAGCGCGCCCGACCAGGGCAUUUUGAUGAACACGGCCACUGCCUUCCUCCAGGGCCUGUACCCUCCGCUGUCGGGCAUUGCCCCUGCGCUGGCCACGCAGACCCUCAACAAUGGCAGCAACAGCACCAGUCCCCUGGACGGCUACCAGUACGUCUUUCUCCAGGGCGUCGACGACAGCUCGCCUGACACCAUUUGGAUCAAAGGCGACGAUGACUGCCCUGGCUAUGUCGAGUCCUCCAAGGCCUUCCAGAAGAGCGACGUCUUCCUGCAGCGCGAUGACGAGACGCGAAACUUCUAUGAUGGAUUCUAUGACAUCCUCGCCGAUGAUGUGUACAACAUUGAGCCGGAGGACUUGACCUACGCCAACGCGUACAGCAUCUUUGACCUCAUCAACGUGGCUCGGAUCCACAACGAGUCGUCUGCCGCCCUGAACGUGUCCGACGAGGAUUUCCUCCGGCUGCGGACCUUGGCCGACUCUGCCGAGCUGGGCAAGAACUGGAAUCUGUCCGAGCCCGACCGUUCCAUUGGCGCUGAGACCCUGUCGGGGGCUAUCCUCGCCAAGCUCAAUGAGACUGUCACCUCCGGGGGCCAGCUCAAGUUCUCCCUCUUUGCUGGCAGCUACGACACGUUUCUGGCCUUCUUUGGCCUGUCUGGGCUGCUCGACGUGUCCGAGGAAUUUUACGGACUGCCCGGGUACGCCUCCACGAUGGCCUUUGAGCUGUAUGCCGACGGCGACGACGAGGACUUCCCCGCAGAGGAUGAUCUUCGCGUGCGCUUCCUUUUCAGGAACGGCACCGCUGGCGAGCUCCAGGCCUUCCCGCUCUUUGGCACGGGAGACGACACGCUUUCGUAUGCCACCUUUCUCGAUAAGAUGAAUGACCAAGCAAUUACCGGCGUGAGCACCUGGUGCAAUCGGUGCCAGUCUGCUACCGAUUUCUGCGCCGCUUACGACAAUGCAUCGACCAACGGCCAGGAAGACAAGGACAGUGGCAAGGGAGGCAUGUCUAAUGCUGUUGCUGGUGUCAUUGGCGCCAUGGUUACGCUAGGCGUCGUUGCUGUGGUCGGUGGCGUUGCAUUUGUUUUGAUGAAGUGCAAGAAGCAAAGGUUGGUCGCUGCGGCAGCCGACAAGAGCAGUAUUCACAGCGGCAGCGUCGAUGUGAAGGCUUGA